AUGGCAUCAUCAUCACUACCGGGAAAAAGUUUGCAAGAUCUACAUCUUCAAGGUGCUGAAGCAGUUUGUUUUCAUGUGCAACAUCAACAUUUUCCAACACCUGAAAUACAAAGAGGGUGGAUUGUUCAAAUAAAAUCUGCAAAAAUAGGGAAAGAAAAUGAGUCCGACAUCGCAGAGGAGAGCACUAAUAGCUUGUCCUCUGUUGAAACAUCACCUGGGAGAGGGGAGACACCAUUGUUUGAUGGCCCCACUUCUUUGGAAACAGCAGAGCUCCACCAUGCUCCUGAAGGUCUCAUUGAGACCAAUGUUGGAGACUAUACUGGAAUAGAAAACUUUAAUGAUUUAAAGAAUGUGUUUGUUCAGGAAUCAAAUAAGAUUUGGACAAUUGCAACUCCUAUUGCUUUCAACAUAAUGUGCAAUUAUGCAAUCAAUACCUUUACAAAUAUCUUUGUUGGGCAUAUUGGAGACUUAGAACUCUCAGCAAUUGCAAUAUCUCUCUCUGUGAUUUCAAAUUUAUCUUUUGGCUUCUUGCUUGGCAUGGCUAGUGCAUUAGAGACAUUAUGUGGACAAGCAUUUGGUGCUGGACAAGUAGAUAUGCUUGGUAUUUACAUGCAACGCUCUUGGUUAAUCUUGCUUGGUGCAUGUGUCUGCCUCAUGCCACUUUACAUUUACUCUGAGCCAAUCUUGCUACUCCUUGGACAAGAACCUGAUAUAGCAGAGCUUGCUGGGAUAUUCACUAUCCAAUCCAUCCCUCAGAUGUUUUCUUUAGCCAUCAAUUUCCCAACACAAAAGUUCUUGCAGGCACAGAGCAAAGUGGGAGUUUUGGCAUGGCUUGGUUUUGUAGCCCUAGUUGUGCAUAUUAUGAUUCUCUAUCUUUUUAUUAAAGUGUUUGAUUGGGGCACUGCUGGUGCUGCUGCAGCUUAUGAUAUUUCAGCUUGGGGAAUUUCUUUGUCUCAAGUGGUUUAUAUUGUUGGUUGGUGCAAUGAAGGGUGGACAGGUUUGUCAUGGUUAGCAUUCAGGGAUCUUUGGGGGUUUGCAAAAUUGUCUUUUGCUUCAGCAGUUAUGCUUUGCUUGGAGAUUUGGUAUUUUAUGACCUUGAUUGUUCUCACUGGACACCUUGAUAAUCCAGUUAUUGCUGUUGGUUCACUCUCAAUAUGUAUGAAUGUUAAUGGGUGGGAAGGCAUGUUAUUUAUAGGGAUCAAUGCAGCUAUCAGUGUAAGGGUUUCCAAUGAGCUUGGAUCAGGACACCCAAGAGCUGCAAAAUAUUCUGUCCUUGUCACAGUUGUUGAGUCCCUCAUUAUUGGGAUAUUUUCUGCAAUGAUUAUUAUGAUGACUAAAGAUCAUUUUGCUAUCAUUUUCACUGACAGCAAACAAAUGCAAAAGGCAGUUUCUGAGUUAGCAUCCCUUCUUGGUAUAACCAUGAUUCUAAAUAGUGUUCAACCUGUUCUAUCAGGUGUUGCUGUAGGAGGAGGUUGGCAGGCUUUGGUAGCUUACAUCAAUCUAUUUUGUUAUUACAUCAUUGGACUCCCUUUUGGCUUUCUUCUUGGUUACAAAUUUGGAUACAGAGUGCAGGGUAUUUGGAUUGGAAUGAUAUGUGGGACAAUGUUACAGACAGCCAUCUUGGUGUAUAUUGUCUACAAAACCAACUGGAACAAAGAGGUUGAACAAGCAUCAGAACGAAUGAAGAAAUGGACUGGACAAGAAUUGGAAAUUAGUAGUAGUACGUAGAAAUCAAGAAAAUCGAAACCAUUUCAUAAUUUUGGUUUCCUUGUUCCAAAGAUGUGCACGUCUUAGCCACUGGAACUUCUCUUCAUUAUGUAACAAGGUGUAAUUUUGCAUUUAUAGAUAUUCUUCUCAUUUUCCUUCUCAUUUGUCCACUUAUUAUAGAUUGUAGAUUCUUUUUUGAAAGUAUAAAUUGUAGAUUCUCAAAAACACUUUUAUUAAAUAGCAAGUUUUUUUUUA